UGAACAGGAAGUUCAAAAGGCACCGUUGCUCUCCGAGAUCAGUUUGACAGGACAGAAGAUAUUUUGAGGGCUUCGUGUUUUUAGACUUUAAGAAACCGGUAUUUCCCCUUUUUCAGAGAUAAACGGAGCGGACUCACCUCAUGGAGUGAACAUUGGGAGGUCACUGGAGUUGGAAACGAAAACGAAAUUGAAACAUCUGCAACAGAAAUGUUGGAAAUCCCGCUGUAGACCGGUCAGCCAGCCAGCCAGUCAGUCAGCCAGUCUACAGUGUAAACUAACUAACCUAACGUUAACGUUGAUCCCCUCAGACAGCAUGGAGAGAUUUAAAUUCAUGUUGUUGGACAUAUCCAACAAACUCAGCAGCGACAACGUGGUGAGCCUUAAGUUUCUGUGUGCGGACAAAAUUGGGAAGAAAAAAACUGAGGAGAUUGAAAACGGAAUCCAGCUUUUCGAUUAUUUGAUUCAGAGGGAAAUAAUCGGGCCCGACAACACUGAACAUCUGCGGGAGCUCCUCGACAAAAUAGGCCGGCAAGAUCUGCUGGGAAUCAUCGACACCUACGAAGGACAAGCGGACCCCGCCGAGUCGCCAGAUGAAGCAGAGCUAGGAAAAAUCAGCAUUGCAACAAAUGUCAUAGUUGACAAUCUGGGAAAGAAGUGGAAAGAAUUUGGACGCAAACUGCUCCUUGGUGAUGCCAAGCUCGACGGCAUAGAAGAGAAACACCCUCGCAACCUGGAGGAGAAAGUGAGAGAGGUCAUCAAGGAGUGGAAGAAGAUGCGCAAAGGGCAGGCCAAGGUGGACGAACUGAUCAAGGCACUUCGAGCCUGCAGCCAGAACUUCACUGCUGAUGUUGUGGAGAAAGAGCUCAUGAAUGCCAGUACACCCUAAAAUAUGUGAUCCUUUCUCUUUACUCUCUUCUAAUGUUCAGCCAACUGGACAUAUGUGUGCUGUCAGUGUUGAGUUCUCUUAGAUUCCCUGUGUAUUAAGCUCAUUUACCCAACUGCUUUGCCAAAUACAAGGCACUUCGGCAUCAAAAUUACUUUGGUACUUCUAUGGGAAAUCCCCUUUUGACCUCUGUGGACUGUUAUUCUAAAGCCUUUUACUCAGGUAUGCUAACAAAGGGUGGACUAUGCCUAAUUAUGUAAACUGUGAACCCAUUCUGUUUACAAAAAUGUUUUUCUGAUGAGAUUUGUUUUUUAAUUGUUGUAUUAUAAAUCAGGCCAAAGUUAAAAAAUGAGUACGUAUAAAUUAUACGUAUCAUUUUAAGAUAUAUUUAAAGAAGCGUUACUUCCCCAUUCCACCCAGUUCAAGAAUGUUAGAAAUAAAAAUUUGUAUAUUUGAGCUUGA